UGUUACUUCCUAAUUCAAACAUUGUUUGAGUUUCAUUCUCUUUUCUCUCUCGCUGUAAUGGAGUUGUUCAUCUUCAUUGUGUUUCAGCUUCUUAUGGAGGUUCAGUCUUACAGUUCACUUCAGAAACCCUUCAUCAGUUAUAAUAGCGAUGAUGUCCAGCCCAUCAUAUCAUGUGAAAUACCACAUUCAGUCAGAGCUGAUUUCACCUGUCGUCUCUACACUGAGGAUGAUCUUCUGCACUCUCAGAAGAGACAGUCUGGAGAACGUCUUUGUAUGUUUUAUGUAACUCCUGGUGAACUCUUCACACGAUCAGACAACAGACAGCUGAGCUGUGAUUAUUCACUCAACACUGAACCUGAGAUCAGAUCACCGCGCAGUGAAACAUACACCAUCAGAGGUCAAAAAUCAUCUCCUCACUCUGAUCCAGUGCCAGUGACAGUCCAAAGUUCAACAACAACCACCGCAGCACAUCCUACUACAACAACAACCACCACAGCACAUCCUACUACAACAACCACCACAGCACAUCCUACUACAACAACCACCACAGCACAUCCUACUACAACAACAACCACCACAGCACAUCCUACUACAACAACCACCACAGCACAUCCUACUACAACAACCACCACAGCACAUCCUACUACAACAACCACCACAGCACAUCCUACUACAACAACAACCACCACAGCACAUCCUACAACAACAACCACCACAGCACGUACUACUACAACAGACACGACAACUAGCAAAGGAAACCAUGUUUUCAACAGAAACAUCCACUCAGAAACCUUCACAAAGACAGAAACAUUUUCAGCAACAACGGCUGUCAGUUCCACCACUGAAACCCCGACAUCCACCAGAACUGCGGUUUCUAGUGUUCACACUUCAGCAGCUGAUCCUGAAGAUCAUCCACUCACACCACUACACAGAGAAACAUGGUUUAUAGUUCUGGUUUCCACUGGUGUUGGUGUCAUUUUGACUGGAUUCAUCUGUCUGUGUCGGUUUGCAAGUAAAAAAAGAAGAAAACAAAAUAAAAUGAGAUCAAUAACAUCAGAUGUGCCCAGUCAAGAAAUUGGUAUGAGUUCUGGACCUGCAGAGACAUAUUCUCUGAUCACUUCUGUACCAGCCACAUCUCAGCCCAUAUCUGUGGGCCUCAAACACCCAGAUUCCCAUCAGGACAACACACCAGAUCCCACAGCGACUUCCUCUUUCAUUAUGUCUGAAAAUUCAAUUUACCAACCCUCAGAAGAUUUGGUCAAUACUCAACAGAAACAGGGAAAUACAGAGGAAAAUGAGGAUGUUUACCACCUGUACUGCACGAUCCCUGACAAACCAGUUCACUCAAAUGCAGCAGAUCAAGUCUACAGUUUGGUGAAGAUGCACUGACGAGUCUCAAGUCUUGUUUCAUAAUGUACAUUCAUUAUAAAUAAAAUAUCUUUACUUGCUUACAAA